AUGAGCGCACAGCUUCGCGCUGCCGGGGCUCUGGGCCCCGUCGCCCGGCGUGUUACUCUCCGAGCUAUUCGCCCAUACCAUAGCCAGCUCCCUACCGGCGGCCUUCAACGAACCGAGCAUGCCUCGCGAGCAUUGAGGCGCUCGAUGCGCUUCCCCGCCAACUCCUACCAUAACGCCGUCAUCGUUCGGAAUGCCUCCUUUAUCCGCCUUCUCCCCAAGUUAGCCCUCAAGUUUGCGCGCAUCCCUGCAUUGUUCGGCACCGUGAUGAUUGGAGGUGUCGCAUGGAUCCAGUACCAGGCCAUCCAGGUGAGCAACUCGGCCCAAGAAGUCUUUGGCAACGUCAAAAAUACCGUCACCACAACCGCCUCCGGUCUAUGGGGCAGCGCCGUCGAUAUUGCCGAACAGACCAAGCGAGGUUGGGACAACACAAAGGAAGAACUCGAGCUGCCUGAAUGGCUAGGGAACCUUUUCAAAUCAGAAGGCGGACAGGAAGGUGGCAACAACAAUGGUUCUGGGCCUGGAGGACCCGAGCCCCCUAAGAAAGCAAGGAUGGGCGCCGCCGUUGGUGCUUCAGCAGCUGCUUAUGGUUACGAUGAUGCGGCCGAGGAGGACGACCGGACUCCUGAGGAGAUCUCCAAAGACGAUCAGAUGAUGUACAUGACCAAGAUGAUGAUCGAGAUUCGAAACCUACUCCAGAAGGUUGGCCAGUCGAGCACCGUCACCCUGCCCUCCAUCGUUGUCAUCGGUUCUCAAUCGUCAGGAAAGAGCUCCGUUCUCGAAGCUAUUGUCGGUCAUGAGUUCCUGCCCAAGGGCAACAACAUGAUCACUCGCCGACCGAUCGAGUUAACGCUGGUGAACGACCCCAAGGUCAGCGCCGAUUACGCUGAAUUUCCGGACCUCGGCCUUCACAGAAUUACCGACUUCUCCCUGGUCCAAAAGAACCUUACCGAGCUUAACCAGUCCGUCCCCGAACACCAGUGUGUCUCGGACGACCCAAUCCGUCUUACCAUCCACUCGCCCCGAGUUCCGGACCUGUCUUUGAUCGAUCUGCCCGGGUACAUCCAGGUUGCUGGAGAGAACCAACCCCGGGAGCUCAAGCGCAAGAUUUCGGAACUUUGCGACAAGUAUAUCCGAGGACCCAACAUCAUUCUCGCCAUUUCUGCUGCCGAUGUCGAUCUGGCCAACUCGACCGCCUUGCAGGCAAGCCGUAGGGUUGACCCAAGGGGAGAGCGGACGAUUGGUGUCAUUACCAAGAUGGAUUUGGUUGAUCCGGAAAAGGGUGCUGCAAUUCUGAGCGACAAGCAAUAUCCUCUACGCCUGGGUUACGUUGGUGUGAUUUCCAGAGCUCCUCAGCAAACAGGACUGUUCAAACGGGAUACCGGUGCUCUCCUGAGACAGAUCAGUAAAAACGAAAAGUCUUACUUCAGCACUCAUCCCGAAUUCGGCCCAGACUCUGGUGUCAACCUCGGCACCGUAACACUACGCAAGAAGCUCAUGCAUGUCUUAGAACAGCAGAUGUCAUCGAAGCUACAGGAUACAACAGCGGCCAUUCAACGCGAACUCGAAGAGACUUCCUACCAGUUUAAGGUUCAGUACAAUGAGGAGCCCAUGACCGCAGAGGCCUAUCUCGCCGCGAGUCUAGACGAUUUCAAGCACGCCUUCAAGAGGUUUGCUUCCAGCUUUGGCCGUCCCCAGAUGCAGCAAUUGCUGAAGGAAGCCCUCGAUCAGCGGGUUCUCGAUCAGUUGGCAGCCAAGUAUUGGAACAAGCCUAUCGAGGAUCUCUCCCCUGCUCCGUUUGAGCCGGAGAACAUUGCCGACCUUCCCAAGGCCGACCCUAACUCGCAGUUUUGGCAUAUGCAGCUCGAUACCGCCACUUCGGCAUUGACCAGGCUGGGUGUCGGUCGUUUGGCCGCUACCGUUGUCGCCAACGCCAUCCAGGCCAACGUGGACAAGCUCGUCAACAAGUCGACCUUCGCCAAGCACCCCUCUGCGCGCCAGGUCAUCAACGAAGCUGCGGCCACCGUCCUCGCCGAUCGCUCAUACACCACCAGCGACGGUAUCGAGUUCUCUCUCAAGCCUUACAAGUACGAAGUCGAUAUCCAGCCACAGGAAUGGUCGCAAGGACGGGAUCACGUUGCCGGUGUCCUGAAGAUGGAACUGGACCAGUGCCAGAGAGCCAUGGGUAACCUGGAGAACUCCGUCGGAGGCAAGAGGAAGCUGAAGGAGGUCAUGAACUUUGUCGAUAAGGCCCGCAAGUGUGAGAUUGUCGUCGAGGGAGAGACCAGGAACGGCGCCGGUGGAUUCAGCGCUGCUUUGCUCCAGAAGGGCCGCGAAGCCGUCUUCCUCCGCGACCGCGCCGACAUCAUCAACAUGCGCAUCAUGGCCGUCAAGUCGCGCCAGUGCAAGUCGCUCGAGAACAAAUACUACUGCCCCGAGGUCUUCCUCGACGCCGUCGCCACCAAGCUCACCCAGACGUCGGUGCUAUUCCUCAACGUCGAGAUGCUCAACGACUUUUACGCCCGCUUCCCGCGCGAGGUCGAGUCCAAGCUGGGCGAGCAGAUGCUCGGCGGUGGGCUCGAGCGCUUCGCUUCCGAGGACCCCCGCAUCCGGAGACACCUGGAUCUGAUCCGCCGCAAGGAGCUCCUCGAGCUCGUGCUGUCCAAGAUUGAGGGGCUCAGGAGGUUUAACAGGAGCGAUGAUGAUGUUGAUUCUCAUAACUAUCAUGGGCAUGGGCAUAGGGCUUAUAACGGGAACUUGGGUAAGAAGAACUCGUCGAGAGAGGGGUCGGGGUCUUCGAGGGGGAGGUUUGGGUUUUAA